UCUUUCUCUACCCCCCCUCCUGCAACUAUUUCAUCUCCACAAGCUUCCAAACAAAGAGAAUUAAUAGAAAGUAAGAUUUACAACGUUUAUUCUCCUGGUUGUCCUCUGUUAUGUUGACAAUGAAACAGAAGAUAAUAACAAUUCUUCUCUGAUUAAUGGGUGUCUCUUGCUUUCUUGAUUCCUCAACUCCAAAAUAUGCUUAUGGCAAUAACCAUAGAUCCUUCUGUCCAAUUUAAACAACAGAUUGAAAAGCUUUUUUUAAUCCAUGGCUUAUGUUGAGAUCAAGACUAAGCUCGGGAAUCGUUAUCAUCAUCAUCAUCUUCCUUCUUGUUAUUGUCGAAACUGGCUGUUCACGUUCUUGGGUUAUAGGAUAUGACCAUGGUUCUUGCUGAAAACCUUUCUAGACAAAAUCAUCUUCCUCACGGUGCCGGCGGCGGUUUUUAUGAUUGUUGUGAUAGCAGUUACACAGAGAGUUUUGGUCUUAUGAGCCGUGUUCACGGGUAUGACUAUCACACUGAAGGUUGCUUAGGAUCUGAUCUAUUUGCUAAUCCCAUGGCUGAAGAUGAAUCAAGAACUAAUAGCCUUAAUGAGGCGGGCUCCAACUCCAAGGAUAACAAUCGAGAAGAGAGAGACGAAGGUUGGCUCCAACUAGGUAUAGGGGGUCAGGCAACAAGAUAUGAUCACAACAUGCAUGACCAAGUCGAUCCAACGGCGAGAAGAGGAGGGCUAAUCGAGCUUGAUCUAUUACCUGGUGGUAGCUCGCAACAAGCGAGGUCAUUAGCCCCUAUUUUUCAUAUGCCUGAUUUUCGAGCUCCACCACGUCCACCGGUUAUGCGUAGUUUUAGUACUUCUUUAUUCUUUCAACACCAACAAGGAAGCUGCUCCACCUUCCCUCACGGUGAGAUUAGCUGGGCAUUUAGGCCGAUAGCGCACAAUAUAGCAGCAGCUCCUCCCUCUUCCUCAUCUUCUUCUUCUUUGAUGCCAUUGGGCUCCUAUUUAGCCAGACAAUUUCAAGUGCAAUCCGGAAUGGAUGUUGCAGGGCCCAGCUCGGAUGUCAGAAUCAUUGAUCCUCCUAGAAGACCCCAUUCUGGCAUUUGGUUUAUGCUACAAGCAUCGCAAAAUCAAGCAAAAGAACCGUUCUUGCCUCAAAUACCAAAGAGUUACCUGAGAAUCAAGGAAGGGAAGAUGACAGUGCAGUUAUUAAUGAAGUAUCUGGUUAACAAGCUGAGAUUGGAUAGCGAAUCAGAGAUAGAGAUAACAUGUCGAGGGCAACAGCUUCUACCAUUGAUGACGUUGCAGCAUGUAAGAGAUCAAAUAUGGAGUUCAAGAGACGCUGUGACUUUGCUUCCGGAAACCUCAACAGCUGAACAUGUCAUGGUUCUGCACUAUGGUAGGAGCGCUUGAAACAAAACAUUUUUCCUCUUAAAUUUCUCAUAAUUUAAUCGCCUCCUUUUUAUGUGAUGGAUGUAUCAUUCUUAAGUUAUGGAAACCCGUCCCUUAAUUUCUUUUCUUAUUUCUUGCAUCUCUAAUCUAUAUAUUUCUUG